UUUUAAUGACUACCUUCUCCGCUCUUGUGGUACAAACAUGUCCUGCUGCUAAACAAGGUGGAAAUUCUCAAAAGGGUGUCAGAAAAGCUUUGAGCCAGACUUUGAAAGAUUCCCGUCCGGUGAUGAUAUCAUCCGUAUUGGGGCAUGUGUCAGUCAUCCCAUUCUCAGUGUCUCAGGAGCAAUGAGUAAACACUAUGAACGCAUCGAGAUGGACCUGACAUUUGGAUCCGCCAAGCCUUAUGGGUCCACAAGGAGUAUCGUUAGGAGGAUUGCGAGCAACCUUCCUCUUAAACCCUGCCCCAGGGUUCACUUUCAGUUGGUCCCAUUCAACGGUGAUUCGGGCGGGCUGAGGAGGGAGCACGCCGUCGCCUCGCUCGCCGACAUCUCCUGGAUUGAUCAGGAUGAUGACGAGGAGGAGGAAGAUGAAGACAGCCCUCGUUCAGGACCACCCCGCGGUGUUGUGUUUCGGGGCCGCCCACCCCGUCCCCGGAAAAGACCCCUUGUAAGACGGCGCUCUCUUCCCACCAUCCGACGAGAGACCCCGGAUUCUCGGAGUCCGGUGGCUGCCAACGAUGAGGCAAUUCAGAAAAUCGGCGUGCUUGAGACUGAGUUGGCCAAGCUGCGAGCGCAGAUCGCACAGAUUGUGUUGGCGCAGGAGAAGAACGCACAAACGGUUGUCUCCACUGGGACAAGCCCUCUCCAGCCACCGCCUGCUCCCCCACCCCCACCACCUCCGCCUCCUCCUCCACUUCCUCCCCCAGGACUUCAGCGCUCUUUUUCCGCCAUGGAUCUAAUCAAGGAGCGCCGCGGAAAAAGGCCGCAAGGCCCAUCAGAGACAAAAACGCAUGCCGAUAUCCCGAGCAUGUUGGAUAUCCUCAAAGACAUGAAUAAAGUCAAGCUGAGAUCUGUUAAAAGCCGCCCGGCGAGCGCGGCGAAUCAUGAAAAGCUGCAGCAGCCCACGGACGACGCAGCUUCGCUAAUCGCGCAAGCGCUCAAGAGGAAGUUUGCGCACACGUACCCGCAACGCAAUCACCAGACGGAACACGUCAAUAAGACGCCGACCGAAAGCCCGCUGUUUGGCCAGCACAUGUUGAAAUCAACUGGCAAGCGGAAGUUUGUCUAAGGGAAUGAAUGCAGCUUACUGACUCGGGAACAUUCCAAAUCAUUUUUCUUCAUAUAGAAGCACAAAAGGGAUAUUCCUGUCAAUUCUGUGUCAUCGUGCUUUGGUGCACUUUUUAACUUAUAUAAAACAUGUUGUGUUGCCACUCUCAUGUAUAGUAAGACUCUGUGGUCAUACAGUUCAUAAUGAUUAUUUAUAUACAAGCAAAGAUCUGUACAUGUCCUGUGUGUGCCAAUUUAUGCAUUAAGCCAAACACUAAAUCAACAAAUUUCUAUGCCAAACUUCAUUGUAUGUGAUUUUUUUAUCAAUAACUGUUUAGAUAGAAUUCACAUGAUUUAUUAUUACAUGCCAGUGUUUAAAUUACGAUGACGUGCAGCCAACAUGUAUUUGCUGUUAUUUAUACACUAGUAUUGGUAAUUUUAUUGGUUAUAUGAGGAUGGACCAAUAUUUGAUUUUAAUUGGAAUUGUGUUCCAUUUAAUUACCGUGCAAUGAUAGAUGUAUUAAAUGAAUAAAACUGUCAAGUCUGAUCUGGUGUGUUUGAAAACAAAAUGCGUAAACCGCUUGGGUUUUG